UUUAUUUGCGGUGGCAACAUGUUUAUUGAAAUGUCGGAUAGAAAAGUGAGGUUAUGUUGAUCUUUAUUUAGUUUUUUGGUUAUGAAAUUUCAGUAAAGAAUAGAUAAUAAAUAGGAUCAUUUGAAGGUCCCUAAAUUAGGAAACACAAUUAUUAAGAUGAAUCUUAUAAGGAGAGGGUUUUCUCUGCUUUCCAUCGGAAUUAGAGCGCAAUGUACACAGUUUACAGCGAUACCACAGUUGCCAGCUCGUACGCCAGUCGCACCACUUCCAUCCCUCCCAGCUUCUCCCACGGGGUUGGUCGCGAGGGCGAUGGCGUCGCUAGCUCAGAUGCACCGCAGCGGACCUCACAUCAAGAAGAGGAAGUCUAGAAAUCCGCUCAACGGCAACCCUUUCGCUAAGGGUGUAGUAUUAAAAACAUUAAUAAAAAAACCAAAGAAGCCUAACUCGGCGAACCGUAAGUGUGUGCUGGUGCGGCUCUCCAACGGUAAGGAGAUGGUGGCGUACGUGCCGGGCAUCGGACACAACCUGCAGGAACACAACAUAGUACUCGUCAGGGUUGGGAGGUUGAAGGAUUGUCCCGGAGUGAAGCUGAAGUGUGUGCGCGGCAAGUUCGACCUGCCGCAUGUCAUCAAGCAGAAAGUCUAGCGUCAUUGUUAAACUACGGUUAGUGAAUAUAUUAGUUUAAGUA